GAUAACGCCAAAAAUCGUUUCAAGGAUUUCAACGAAAUUGCUAUAGUGGCACAAUCUGUUGUUUCACCCUUCAUGGAAAUUGAUAUGCAACAGCUUGUAACUUCUGUUACGCAGAAUCUUAGCGAAGACAUGGCUGCGACAGAAAUGGAAGUGAUUGCGUUUCAAAAUGAUUUAGCUUUAAAAUCAUUAUUCCCAAUUCAAAAUGUAUCUGGCCUUCAGUAA